AUGGCGGACGAGGAGGAAGAGCCCGGCUUCGACGAGGAGCUGGACGACGGAACCGGCGGAGUGGACGUGGGCCACGGCAAGAGGAAGAGGCUCUUCUCCAAGGAGCUCCGGUGCAUGAUGUACGGCUUCGGGACACAGAACCCGUACACGGAGUCCGUGGACAUCCUGGAGGACCUGGUGAUCGAGUUCAUCACGGAGAUGACCCACAAAGCCAUGUCCAUCGGACGCCAGGGCCGCGUCCAGGUGGAGGACAUCGUGUUUCUGAUCCGUAAAGACCCCCGGAAGUUCGCCAGAGUCAAAGACCUGCUGACCAUGAACGAGGAGCUGAAGAGAGCCAGGAAAGCUUUCGACGAAGCCAAUUAUGGCUCAUAAACGACUCUUAUUUUUUGUAGGGAACACGUUUGAUUGGAGGUUUUGUGUCGUUUUGGUUUGUUAUUCACAUUUGAAUUGUUGUCCAAACUGGGCCAUAAAUAUGUCAAGAAAUGUCACAAUGUGGACAUAAACCUAAUAACAUGUUGUGAAACUGUUGUAAUAAAGUAGCUUUCAUAUUGUUUCAAUA